GAGGGAGGCUGGAUUUAGGAUGAAGGUCUUGGGAGUCACAUGGACACAAGUUUUUGAUGAAUGUUCAAACGACACUGUUGCACAGUUUCCUUUCAGUGUGUGAGAGAUUGCUGUCCACCGUGGAGCUCAUUUAACAUAUUGCAAUUAACUGCAUUUUUCUGCGUGAAUGUUUGUUUUUAAUCGAAGGACUACAACGCGGCUACGGCGACCUGUUGCGAUUUACCCUUCUGCGUGGAUCAUGAAACUUUCACCCACUUCAAUUAAAUAACUCACACUAUAAUUUCAAACCUGUCUCUGUGAGAAAGCUGUGAUAACUAACAAUGACCGAGGAAAGCAAAGCCGAACACCGGGCUGAAAGCGGGAAAGAUUUGGAGAAACAGCUCCGUUUGAGAGUUUGUGUUUUAAAUGAACUUUUGAAGACUGAGCGGGAUUAUGUUGGAACGCUCGAAUUUCUCUCGGUAUUCCUGCAUCGACUCAAUCAGUAUGCAGCCAUGAAAGUUGACAAGAACAUCACGGAGGAGACAGUCAAGGUGCUGUUUUCCAACCUGGAGGAGAUCCUGUCGGUGCACCGCCACUUCCUGGCCAUGGUGGAGGAGCUGCUUCAGCCGGAGCCUCAUGCGCACCACGAAGUGGGACACUGUUUCCUCUACUUUAAGGAAAGGCUCCAGAUUUAUGACGAGUAUUGUGGAAACCAGGAGAAGGCUCAGAGGCUGCUGUUGGAACUGAACAAGAUCAGGACGGUGCGCACAUGUCUCCUGAACUGCAUGUUGCUGGGCGGCAGGAAGAACACGGAGGUGCCCCUGGAAGGCUACCUGGUCGCCCCCAUCCAAAGGAUCUGCAAGUAUCCUCUGUUCCUCAGGGAGCUUCUGAAGAGGACCCCAAAGAAGCACAACGACUACGCGCUGGUGCAGGAGUCCCUGCAAGCCAUGAAGGCCGUGUGCUCCAACAUCAACGAGGCCAAGAGGCAGAUGGAGAAGCUGGAGAUGCUGGAGGAGUGGCAGUCCCACAUCGAGGGCUGGGAGGGUUCUAACGUGACGGACACCUGCACUGAGAUGCUCAUGCAUGGUGUUCUGCUGAAGAUCUCGGCAGGGAACAUUCAGGAGCGCAUCUUCUUCCUCUUCGACAACCUGCUGGUGUACUGCAAGAAGAAGAACAGGCGUUUAAAGAACAGCAAGGCGAGCAUGGAGGGCCCCCGGUACCUGUUUCGUGGACGGAUCAACACAGAGGUCAUGGAGGUGGAGAACGUGGAUGAUGGCACAGCGGACUACCACAGCAGCGGGAACAUCGUCAACAACGGCUGGAAGAUCCACAACACGGCGAAGAACAAGUGGUUCGUGUGCAUGGCCAAGACGCCCGAGGAGAAGCAGGAAUGGCUGGAGGCCAUCUUGAAGGAGCGUGAGAGGAGGAAGACCCUUAGGCUGGGGAUGGAGCAGGACACCUGGGUCAUGGUGUCGGAGAAGGGGGAGAAGCUCUACCAGCUGAUGUGCAAGCAGGGCCACCUCAUCAAAGACCGCAAGCGCAAGCUCACCACCUUUCCCAAGUGCUUCCUGGGCAGUGAGUGUGUGUCCUGGCUGAUGGAGAUCGGGGAGACGGAUAACCCGGAGGAGGGGGUGCACCUGGGCCAAGCCUUACUGGAGAACGGCAUCAUCCACCACGUGACAGACAAACACCAGUUCAAGCCCGAGCCAGUGCUCUACAGGUUCCGCUAUGACGACGGCACGUACCAUCCCCGGAGCGACAUGCAAGAUGUCAUCUCCAAGGGUGUCCGGCUGUUCUGCAGGCUCCAUAGUUUAUUCACUCCAGUGAUCAGAGAUAAAGACUACCAUCUGAGAACAUACAAAUCCGUUGUGAUGGCAAACAAACUAAUCGACUGGCUCAUUGCACAGGGUGAUUGCCGGACCAGGGAGGAAGCUGUGAUUCUGGGAAAGGAGCUGUGUGACAACGGCUUCAUGCACCACGUGCUGGAGAAGAGCGAGUUCAAGGAUGAGCCGUUGUUAUUCCGCUUCUUCGCCGACGAAGAGAUGGAGGGAUCCAACACCAAACACAAGCUCUUGAAGCACGACCUGAAAAUAGCCGAGAACGUCAUCGCCAAGUCCCUGCUGAUCAGGCCCAGUGCUGGAGGUUACGGCUUCACUCUGGAGGACCGCAACCGAGUGCCCAUCAUCAAGUCUGUGGAGAAGGGCUCACAUGCAGAGAUGGCAGGUCUGGAGGUGGGGAAGAAGAUCUUCGCCAUCAAUGGGGACCUGGUAUUCCUGCGGCCCUUCCAGGAGGUGGACAGCCUACUGAAGCAGUGCUUCAAUAGCAAGGGCCCCAUCCGGGUGCUGAUCAGCACCAAACCCAGAGAGACGGUGAAAAUCCCCGACUCAGCAGAUGGCCUGGGCUUUCAGAUCCGCGGCUUCGGCCCGUCUGUGGUGCAUGCAGUCGGCAGAGGUACAGUGGCGGCGUCUGCAGGCCUCCACCCAGGCCAGUGCAUCAUCAAGGUAAACGGCAUCAACGUCAGUAAGGAGAGCCACGCGAGCGUCAUCGCACAUGUCACAGCCUGCAGGAAGUACCGUCGGCCAACACAGCAAGAUUCCAUAAAGUGGGUGUACCAUAAUAGUGAGAAUGGACAGGAGGAGCAGCAGAGGGUCAGCCAGAAGCCGGUCGCCGAGGACAACGGGGACGUGUUUGAUUGUAAAGUGGAAGAGGUCAUGGAUAAGUUCAACACCAUCGCUCUGAUCGACGGCAAGAAGGACCAUGUGAGCCUGACGGUGGACAACGUGCACCUGGAGUACGGGGUGGUGUACGAGUACGACAGCACGGCGGGGAUCAAGUGUCACGUCCUGGAGAAGAUGGUGGAGCCCAAAGGCUUCUUUAGCCUCACAGCCAAGAUCUUGGAGGCCCUGGCACGGAACGAUGAGCAGCUGGUCCAGACCUGCACUCGCCUGAGCUCCAGCACGGAGCUCAUCCCUGAGGACCUGCAGGCCAGGUUCAGCGCCAUGUGUGGGGAGAGGCUCGAGCAUGUCGGACGCCGCGUCACCAACUACCGCAAGUUCUCGCGGGUGCUGAAGAACCGAGCCUGGCCCACAUUCAAGCAGGCCAAGACCAAGGUGUCUCCGCUGCACAGCAGUGACUUCUGUCCCACCAACUGCCACAUCAACGUGAUGGAGGUGUCCUACCCCAAGACCACCACCUCGCUGGGCAGCGCCUUCGGGGUCCAGCUGGACAACAGGAAGAACUCCACGCUGGAGAAGGGCAUCCGCAACACAGAGCAAGGGAAACUGGGACCCAUGGUGUACGCCCAGCACACCAUCACCACUAUGGCUGCCCCCUCGGGGCACAGCUUGGGCCGGACGGAGGGGCACGGCCUCCGCUUCCUGCUCCGCGAGGACGACCUGCUAACGCUGGACGCCUACCAGAAGCUCCUCAGCAAACUGACCACCGUCAUCAAGGAAAUGGAGAGUCACGCUGCCCAGAUUCACGACCUGCUCUCCUCCAUCACCAACCCUACGAGUUCUGAGGUGAAGCCGUCGGAGACUUACAUAUCGGCGGAGAACGAAGGCGAGAGGGGCGAACGCAACGGGAAGAAAGUGUGUUUUAACGUGACGACGGGAGACGAGCAGGAGGACUCUGGCCACGACACCAUCAGUAAUAGAGACUCAUACAGUGACUGCAACAGCAACAGGAACUCCAUUGCCUCCUUCACCAGCAUCUGCAGUAGCCAUUGCAGCUCGUAUGUGCACAGCGACGAGAUGGACUCAGGGGACGAGAUGCCGGCCAGUGUGUGGAUCUCCCACGACAAGCAGAAGAAGCUCCAUGGGUUUCUCGAGCAUCUGUUCAGCCAGGUUGAGUCAAUAACCAGCUUGCUGAAAGGAGCCGUUGUCGCCAAGGCCUUCGAGCAAACAAAGUGCUUCACCCCGAACCGAGGACUACAAGAGUUCCACCAGGAAAUGGAGCCGAGGGUGAACUGUACCAAGAAGCUGCGGCAGCACGUCAAGCAGGACCCCUGGAACCUGCCCAGCAGCGUCCAGGCCCUCACGCAGACCAUUGCCAAGUUUGUCGAAGAGGUGAAGACGCGGCUGCUGUUGGUCUUGCUGCAGUACACAGACUCCGAGGCCCAGUUGCGGAGGGACAUGGUGUUCAGCCAGAGCCUGGUGGCAUCGGUCUGCUCCUUCUCGGAGCACCUGCUGGCCGUGCUCAACCAGGCGCUGGGCAGUGAGAGCGAGGCCCAGGAGGCCAGCCGCCGCUGGCUGGACCAAAUCGCCUCUGCUGGUCUGCUCUUCCACUUCCAGUCCCUGCUCUCCCCAAACCUGACGGAUGAGCAGGCCAUGCUGGAGGACACACAGGUUGCACUCAUUGACCUGGAGAAGGUCACCUUCUACUUCCGCCAAUUCGAAGGGGAGCCUCUGGUGGCCAACACGCCCAUCUCUUACCAGGUGGAGGGGACGCGGCAGGCCCUGAAGGUCUGCUUCUACCUGGAGGGCUUCUACUUCGAGCAGCUGCCCCUCAGGCUCAGGAGCGGGGGAGGCGUCAAGAUCUUCCCCGUCCUCUUCACCCAAGCUCUGGAGAGCAUGGAAGGCUACUACUACCGGGAUAGUGUCUCAGUGGAGGAAUACCAAGCCCAGAUCAACACACAGUCUCUGGAGAAGGUCAAGCAGUACUACAAAAGACUUAGGUCAUUCUAUCUGGAUAAAUCCAACCUGACCCCCAGCUCUGCACCCAAAGCUGCCUUUAUUGACAAGCUGAUGCGUCCGUUGAAUGCUCUGGAGGAGCUGUACCGUCUGAUGGAGAGCUUCAUCUCCACGCGGCGGACAGCGGCGUGCCAGUUCACCCCGUGCGGAGCCUCAGGUGUGGGGCUGCUCUCCGUGGCCUCCGAGCUCUGCGCCCGCCUCGGCGCCUGCCACAUCGUCAUGUGCAACAGCGGCGUGCACAGGUGCACCCUGAGUGUGACGCUGGAGCAAGCAAUCCUACUGGCCCGUAACCAUGGCCUCCCCCCACGUUGCAUCAUGCAAGCCACCGACGUCAUGAGGAAACAGGGAGCCAGAGUGCAGAACUCCGCCAAGAACUUGGGAGUGAGAGACCGCACCCCGUCCACUGUGCCAAGAUUGUAUAAGCUUUGCCAGCCACCGCCCCCAGAUGGUGACCCAUGAACCCUCUCGCGUCCUGGGCAGAGCUGGAUCUCAUUUUUGUCCUGCCCCAUACAGACACAUACCUCUCCCUCUCCCUCUUCCUGUCUUUCUAUGCCCUUUUCCCUCCCUCUCUCUCUCUCUCUCUCUCUCUUUCUCUCUCGCCUUCCUCUCUUCCUUUUCCCUUGCUGGCUGAACUCUGUCUCCAGCCCCAGUCCAGUCUACAUGCGUACAUGUGGAGCACCACAGCUGCUAUGUGGAAGUUGUGUCUGUGUCCGCUUUCUUUGUCAAGCUACAUUGCAGUGCAUCUCAUUGUUAUUUGGCCUUUUUCCAAUACAAAAACAUACACUCAUGUAGUUCAUGUAGCCAAACCCCCCUCGAAACAGCUGUGGAAGACAGGAAAUGAUUUGAGUAUGCUGGAGACCCGUAAGAGGCUCUUUUGAAUAGAGAGGGUUUUAUUUUCUCUGUGUUGAUGUCACUACGCAUGUGGAGAGGUCCCAGGCAGAAGUGCUUGUCUGCUGAAGCAUUUGUUCAGUUAUGUGCUGGCAAUUUUUCUUUUCUUUCUUUCUUUUUUUUUUUUUGUUUUGCUAAAAGAUCAUGUCUCAGUGCCUUAGUCCAUUAGCUACUACUCCACCAACUGAGUAGAUGCAUAUUUGAAAAGAAAAAUUGAAUGUUUGUAAAAGAUGUAUGAGUGAGAUGUCAUAAUGUGCCUUGGUUUGUACUUUUACUUGUGAGAGUGGGGCUGAGGUUUUGCUUGCUUACCUACCAUAUAUAUUUUUAUACAUUGUUGAAGAGUGAAGUAACGUAACGGUAUAUUAAGCUAUGAAGGUUGACGGUGUGUGGCUUGAGGAAGUAUGACCUGUCUAAUGAUUCUAGACAAGAGGGCAGUUGAGGAAUUGCCAAGUGUAUGAUCUUUGUGUGUAAGUGAAGUUUGUUGGUAAGAUGAGAAUUUUUAAGGGGUAAGUCAUUAGUGUUGUAACUCUCUAAACAUGGUCAAUGUCAAGCUCAUGUAAGUAGAUUUUAUAUAUAAAUAUAUGUAUACACAUAUCAUAUAAAGUAAACACAUACAUACAGUACUCAGGAGAAUCACAUUUCUACAAUAUCUAGGUAUUACUUGAGUGUUACUAAGCAUCAUGAAGGAAGUCAUUUAUCUCUAUGCAACUGUAGACAAUGAAAACUUAUCAGGAUAUAUGGGCGACAAUAUGAGUCAUGAAAAUAUUCCAUCUGUGUCAUUGUAUUCUAUAUUCUGAAGUUCUGUCUGAAGACCUUUCUUGUCUUUUUUAGAUUGUCAUUAAAUAUCUGUUUUACAUAGUCGCCUCUAAUUUGUGUUCAAGAGCAAAUACAUCAAAACAGCGAAUAAUGUAAAGAUACAACUGUAAAAAUAUACAACUCGUAGCUGAAUUUUGACAGAAAAUGACAGUAAUUUAUUUUGUUCAUUAGAUUUACUCACUACAAAACAUAUCCUAUUCAAAAUGUAUUCCUUUUUUUCAGCUUGAAGCGUUUGAAAUGUUUCUUUUUUUGCUACAUGCUUUUUGAAGUACACUGUCUUAUACUGUAGUUAUUCAUUUUAAUUAAAUUGGUCUUGUCCAUAGAAA